AUGAAGGGCAUGGCCGUGGCCGAGUCGUAUGCCGACUUGGCUGGCACCGCACCUGCCAAGUUGACCAAGUCACGUAGCAAGGCUGUCGUCAAACCCAUCCUCAAGAAGGUGGGCUCUCAGUCGGCGAAGAGCUCUCUCGACAUUGACCGCACCUGGGAGGAGCAAAUACACUAUGGCAGCCACGGUUGGGGCGGGGGAGCCGGCCGUGAGCGCGAUGUGAGCUUCACCACAUCAACUACCGAGCUCGACAAUAGCAGCUACGCCAACACCAGCAGCGCGAAUGCACGAUCCAAGUACUCGCAUGCCCGGUCCACGAGCGGUGCCUCACACGCAAGCAUCGCCACGAGUAGCGGCAGCGGGCCUGGAGGGUAUCGCAGCGGCAGUUUUGUUCACCCCUUUCAGCAGACCCCGCGGACCUCAACACCGCCCCUCUCUUACGCCAACUCUCUCGCCAGCCUGGAUCAGCCCACACAGCAGGGCAAUAACAACUCUCGCGACUACUCACCGACGAUCACGGAGGAUGAGGACCUGGACUUCGAUCCCAGCUACAGUUAUAACCACCCUGCCAAUGGCCUCCAACCUCAGUCGCGCUCGCUCUCGCAAAAUAACCUCCACAACUACGCCGCCAAUACCAACACAGCCGGCAACACGAGCAACAGUAGCCCCAGGCGCCCCUCGCUCGCCAGUCAGCGCACAUCCUCCCUCUCCGACGUCAACCAGAACCCCCUGCGCAUCAACACCUCGAAUCGCUCCACCUCGUCGUACGACUCGCCCGGCGCAUUGUCCCUAGCUACUUCGCCACCUUCUAGCAGCACGCCCGCCUUCUCUCCGCACUCUUUCACAGCGACCUCUCCCAUCUCACUCUCCACGUCGGCCUCUGCCAUGGGUCUACGUACUUCGCUCGAGGGCUUUCGCCUGCGCUCUCGCUCUGAGCUUGGCUCGGAUUAUCAUCAGGAGCGUAUUCGUAUCGAGCGUCAAAAAUGGCAAGACAAGGAGCGUGCGAAGCAGCAGAAACGUGAUGAGAAGGAGCAAAAACGACGCGCGCGCGGCGACCAUCACCGUACCGAGUCAGACGCUCGGGAUCAGCAGGUAGAGGCCGCUGCCGAGGCCCUCAUCAAGGCUCGUGCCGCCGCUCUCGACGACGGACUUGACGACCAUACCUUCAUCCGCAGUGACACUGCUGUUGAAUCCACCUAUGCCGGUGCUGGCUUCGGCGAGUUCAAGGAGCUCCCGCGCAGAGCUCGGUCUUCGGAGGAAGGUCGGCGCACGAGGAAGAAGACUGCCGCCGCUUCUCAUGGCGCGAGCUUGUCCCCUGUCACAAGCCAGCAUGCCAUGUCGGAGAAGAGCGUGCCGACGUUCGCGACCCGUGGCUACGCAAGCGUCGCGGCACAGGGUGUGGCAUUUGAGACGCCACCGCGUGGCCGUACUGCUAAACGCAAGACUCAAAGCGCGUGGACAACUUUUACCUUGUGGUUCAAGUCGCUGCUGCUCAAGUCGAAGCGUCAGUAG